ACAAGACUGCUUGACCAAAAAAGACGGCAGCUUCAGAGAGAGACGAUAAGAGAUAGAGAGAGAUGUCAGCUUCUGUAUUCGUUUCAGGUAUGGCGGUUGGAGUUCCGAGGCUCUCUAGCUCGAGCUCUGUUCACCGGAGAUUGGAACCAAUGAAGAAGAAGACCAUGAGUAGUGUUAAAUUCGUGACUACCUUCCGAGCUCCCUCACCAAACUCAGGGACAAAACGGUCAUUUCACGUAAUGGUUUCCGGUAACCGAUCGGAACAACAAGCAGAUAACGGUCAAGUAACUCAGGAGGACUUGAGCUACCUGUUGAAGCUUGGAGCUGGUUCUGUAUUAGGCGCAGCUAUAAUCAAAUACGGCAGCGUAUUGCUCCCAGAGAUCACAACACCUAACCUCACGCAAGCACUCUUCAUUAUAUUUGCUCCUGUUGUAAUCUCUGUUAUACUUUUGUUCCGAUCAUCUUCUUCCAAGAAUCAGAACUAGUUCAUCUCAUUGUGAAAAAAAGAUUGUGUUAAAAGAGUUUUAAAGUUUCAUAAAUAAAAGUAUUCAAUCU